CUCAACUACUCAAGAGAGCAUCCUGCAGACAAAUAUGUCUCUUAGAAAAACAUCAUGUAUGGCCUGUGCCUCAGCCAAACGUCGUUGUGACCGUGGCGUUCCGGCAUGUAAUCGUUGCGCCCAGAAAUGCUUGCCAUGCGCAUAUCCAUACCAGCGCUCAUCGCAGUCAGCGCCAGUUGUUAGGUUACCGCCAAACGAACUCACAUCGCACGAUACGCCAUUCCCGGGUCCCCUGGGGUCCUCGGAAACCACCCUUGAACAAGGGACUGUACAGGUUGCCGACCUUUUCGACUCUGGCUUCACAUUGAUGGAUGACUCAAUGACUUGGAAUUGGGAUCUUUCGAGUCCACAGGCUGCGGUCGAUUUGCCUACGUCGGAACAAUUAUUCACUCUGGAAUCCAACAUGUUGACUGGUCUCCCUGAGCCUCUCUUCAAUGGAAUUAACAACAACCAGAACUUGAGAGUGGACGUGAGUGCGAGACCAGGUGACCCGCCGAGGCAUCGCCGCAGAGCUUACUUUCGCCUUUGCCAACAAGACGUGCAUAGGCCGCGGUACAUUCCUGGUAUUGACCCAACACUACAAACAAAUGAGAUUUGGCCUCGUGGGCGUGACACUAAAACCUGGCAAUUCUGCGCGAGGGAACUUCUUUCUUUUGUUAAUGCAUUUGCGACGACCACAACAAAUUCCUUCAUCCUGCAGCCAGUCGCUUCGCCCAACAGCAAUAACCACACUGAACUUCAUUUCUCGCUUCAAAGAGCCCUUGGUGUUUGUGCCACUGCCUGUACUCUGACUGACUCGACUCGGAGUAUCCUCGACCAGAUGCUUGAAACCGAGAUGCAACAUCUGGUAAGUGGAUUUGGAUUACAUAACGUUUUGGGUCAUUCCGCGACCCUGUCGGCUUUUCGUCAAGAUCUUGCUCGGUUACAGGCUAUGGUGCUUUACCAAAUCACCACACUCUUUAGUACUAGUGCCAGACAGCAGUUUCUUGCUAAGAAAUAUGAACCAUUGGUGGCUUCUUGGUCAAGAGAGUUGCUACUUCGGAUUCAAGUUUUGGAACUUCAGAAAAAAGAAACCCUCUCGUCACCUUUUCUGCCAAUCGAACUACUCCACCCUUCUGCUACCGAUCUAGAAGCUUACCCUAAUGAGCGACCUAUCAGAGAAUCACUAGAGAACUCGGCACCUCUCCUACUGCAUGACAAACCGCUGCACAAUAGUGAGAUUGAUAGUGCAUACAGAACGAUUCUUAUCUCGUAUCUGGCUCGAUCCGCACAGGAGUUGAACAGGCAGAACAAAACAAUUUCGUAUAAUGAAUUCGCUGACCGUUGGAGCCAGCAGAAGGAAUUGUUGGGGCUAAAUGAACGUGAUCGAUUUGUUGUGCUGCUGUUAGCUGCCUGCAAGGGUGUUGACACCAUCAACGGUCAAGCCUAA